AUGCUUAGAAACAAUCGAACCAGCCUAAAUCGCCAUCUCCAACGUCGAUUAAUGGCAACUUUUUCUCAGGCGGAAACUUUAUCCAAGUAUCCAGUGGGUCUUCUGAUGCAUGGGUUUUCCAUCGAGAAAGUUCAGCCAGUGCCCGAAUUCUCAUUAGUGGCAGUCAAGUUGAAGCAUGGACGCACUGGCCUGGAACAUUUGCAUUUGGAUGCUCCUAUGGACAAGAACAAUGUCUUCUCUGUCGCUUUGAAAACUAAUCCGCCAGAUUGUACCGGUGUGCCUCACAUAUUAGAACAUACAACAUUAUGUGGCUCUUACAAGUAUCCCGUGAGAGAUCCCUUCUUCAAGAUGUUGAACAGGUCCCUCAGUAAUUUCAUGAAUGCUAUGACUGGCCACGAUUAUACUUUCUACCCCUUUGCCACCACGAAUAGAAAGGAUUUCAGCAAUUUGAUGGACGUAUACUUAUCGUCAGUGUUCGAGCCAUUAUUGUCUUACGACGAUUUUAUGCAAGAAGGCUGGAGAUUGGAGCAAUCAGAUUUGACUGACAAGAAGAGCCCGAUCGAGUUCAAAGGAGUGGUUUACAAUGAAAUGAAGGGCCAGUACUCCAAUUCCAGCUACUUAUACUGGAUCAAAUAUCAGGAGGCCAUUUAUCCAUCGUUGAAGAAUUCUGGAGGAAACCCUGCUAAAAUUCCAGACUUGAAUUAUGAGGAUCUUAUCGAGUUUCAUUCUCUGAACUACCAUCCAUCGAAUGCCAAGACUUAUACGUAUGGCUCAUUUCCUUUGGAGGAACAUUUGAAGAGCUUGAACGAAUUUUAUCAGCCAUUUGGUGCUCGCUCUACAAAACCGGUGAUCAAGCCAUGUAUUUUUGAGCAACAACCAACUGUCAAGCUCCACAAUGUGGAGGUUCCAGGUCCUAUCGAUACCAUGUCAUCCAAGCCAACCGAAGAACAAUACAAAUCUUCUUUGACGUGGUUCUUGGGAAACCCAUUAGAGGAGGACAGACAUUACGAAGUCUUCAAAUGGAAAGUGUUAAAUUCGCUUCUCUGUGAUGGCCACAAUUCGCCAUUUUACCAAGAAUUAAUCGAGACUGGAUAUGGAGAAGACUUCUCACCAAAUUCUGGCUUGGAUAUGACGACGUCUAUGCUCAGCUUCACAAUUGGACUUAAUGGAUUAUCAAAGACUAAAGUAAAUGAACUAGAGUCCAAAAUUAAAGAUAUUGUGACCGAUAAGGUACUCCCUGAACUCACGAAGAAGGAAAAGAGUGUGUUUCAUGAAAGGGUUCAGGCUAUUCUUCACCAGUUAGAAUUGGGAUUUAAAAAGCACAAGCCAGACUUUGGCUUGGGGCUCUUAAAUUCCAUUGUCCCAUCUUGGGUAAAUGGACAGGAGCCUGUCAAAUCAUUGCAAGUCCAGUUCAUUUUAAACAGAUUUAAGGAAGACUACGAAGAAAAGGGACUAGUCCUCUUCGAAGAUAUGUUGAAGUCAAGCUUAUUGAACGAGCAAACUCAAAGAUUCAACUUUACUAUGGCUCCUCAAGAGUCAUACAAUGAUGCUUUAGUGACAGAAGAGGAAGCGAGACUUGCACUGCGUGUAAACCGCCUUAACGAAGAAGACAAAGAAGUGAUUUUUAAGCGCAGCCAAAAGCUUCUUGAGAAGCAAGCUGAUUCAGGUGAUGUUUCUGUUUUACCUACGUUAACACUUGAUGAUAUUCCCAGACAAGGUGACAUGUACAAGUUAUCUUUUAGCUCUCUUUCCCACGACGGAGACACGAUUCAGAAACGAGUUGUCAAUACAAACGACUUAGUUUACGUUUCUGCGGCAAAGAACUUAUCAUUCCUUCCACAGAGACUCUUGAAGUACUUACCAUUAUUCAACUCAUGUUUGACGAACCUUGCUGGAACCGAGAAUAUUCCUAUUACGGAGUUGGAGAACAAAAUCCAACAAAAGACAGGCGGACUUACUUUUUCUGCAAUGGCAAAAACUGAUCCUUAUGAUAUUGGUAAACCACAUGUCAAGUUCGUGAUGUCAGGUAUGGCUCUCAAAGAGAAAUCUGAAAAUAUCUAUGAAUUAUGGUUUGAAAUCUUAAACAACACCAUGUUUUCGGCAAAUGAAGCUGUAUUAGACAAGUUGCAAACUUUGAUCAAAAAUUUGGGACAGAACCAAAUGAACAUGAUUGCUGAUAGGGGCCACUCAUACGCCAAUUCCUACAGUAAUUCUCAACUUACUCCUACAAAAUGGAUAAACGAUUUGUUGGGAGGUGUGGAACAGGUGAAGUUUGUCCUGGAAAUGAACAAAAAGUUAGAUGAGAAUGGCAAAGAAUAUUUGAAAGAGGAAAUUUUACCCAUUCUUCAGGAAAUCCAAACAUUGAUCACAACAGGUUCCACUGAAGGCUUGAACAAAGGCUUCAAUUACAAUAUUGUUGCGGACAAGGUUUCAGUCGCCGAAAACGUAAAGUUGAUCGAGAAAUUCAAUGAGAGAAUGCUCACUAGUUCUGGAUCUAAGUCACUUGCAAAUGAACUGCAAAAGUUGAAGAUUUCUGCACCUACUUUGAGUCGGACAAUUUUAAACUUACCAUUUCAGGUUGGAUAUGCAUCGUUGGCCCACACUGGUGCUGCUUACAGUACGAAAGAAGGAGCUGCUCUUCAAGUCCUCUCUCAAAUUGUUACUUACAAACACUUGCAUUCUGUAAUAAGAGAGGCGAAUGGUGCUUACGGAGGAGGACUUAACUAUGAUGGUUUAGGUGGAACCCUCAACUUUUACUCUUACAGAGAUCCAAACGCGAUAAAGUCUUCUGAAGCCUUUGCAUUAAGUUAUGCUAACGCGAAGAAAAACUUGAUGGACGGAAAGUGGGAUGCUAAGGCGUUGCAGGAAGCGAAAUUGGCAAUCUUCCAAAGUGUUGAUGCGCCUAGCCACAUUUCAAGUCAAGGCUCUGGUCUUUUCUUGGAGAAUAUUACGGAAGAAUUACGCCAAGAGAGAAGAGAAAACUUUCUUGACGUUUCCCUUGAGGACUUGAAGAAUGUGAAUGAGAAGUACUUGGGCCAUGCGGAAAACCAAGUUUUCACUGUCAUUGGUGAUACCAAAAUCUUAGAUGCUGGAAAAGGGUGGGAAGUUAAAAACUUCUAA